AUUCAGUUUCUCCGUCAUGUCUGUCCACUCUGUCGAUGUAGACUUUCGUGCCCACUGGCUUUUUUUCAGUCCAAAAUGGCUGCAGCGCUAUUGCAGCACCGAAAGGACCUUCCCGGCUACCGUAGUGUCCCAUUGCCUUCCCACUUCUGUCCUCCACACAGUUCUGCUCCGUUUUCCCUCGCUUGUCUUCUGAUCAGCAUGUCAGAGUACAAAGUGGUAUCGUCACCAGGCUUCGGUCCCCCUCUAGGAGGAGAGGCAGGUUUUGGGAACGGAACAGAAGGGAACAAGAAAGAUGCGUUUGCUGACGCCGUGCAGCGGGCCCGGCAGAUUGCAGCUAAGAUUGGGAGUGACACUGUCCCUCCCAUGAACAACACGUCAUCAGAUGCUUUUCCAUUCACCACACAGAAACGGCAGCUGGAGGACGCAGAUGAACCAGAAAGCAAGAAACUGGCUGCACAAAGUGACUUAGAUUCAGCAAAAUCACUGUCUAUUAGUGCACAGCUAGCUGCUCUUGCACAACAAAGGCCCGCCGCCGCCUCAGAGGAGUACAGCGUUCCAGACAGUAUGGUGGGACUCAUUAUUGGUCGUGGCGGUGAACAGAUCAAUAAGAUUCAACUGGAGUCAGGUUGCAAAGUUCAGAUUGCUCCAGACAGUGGGGGCCUUGCAGAGAGGAGCGUCUAUCUAAUAGGCUCACAUGACUCCAUACAGAAAGCCAAAAGGCUGUUGGACGACAUAGUGUCACGAGGGAGAGGUACACCUCCUCCAUCUUAUCAUGAGUCCACCGAUGGACAGAACGGCACAGUUCAUGAGAUGAUGAUCCCAGCUGGGAAGGCUGGCCUUGUCAUUGGCAAGGGAGGAGAGACCAUCAAACAGCUGCAGGAGCGUGCAGGGGUGAAGAUGAUCCUGAUCCAGGAUGCUUCUCAGGGACCUAAUGUUGACAAGCCCCUGCGCAUUAUAGGAGACUCCUACAAAGUCCAGCAAGCCCUGGAGAUGGUGCAGGAGAUUCUGAGAGAGAGAGACCACGGUGGCUAUAGUGAAAGAAAUGACUUUCAUGGCAUGGAUAUCCCCGUACCACGACACUCAGUUGGUGUCGUCAUCGGACGCAAUGGAGAAAUGAUUAAGAAAAUCCAGAAUGAUGCUGGAGUUAGAAUACAGUUCAAACAAGAUGAUGGGACUGGUCCAGAUAAGAUUGCCCACAUCAGCGGUCCUCCUGAUUGCUGCGAACAUGCCGCCCAGAUCAUCAACGACCUGCUGCAGAGCAUCAGAGUGAGGGAGGAGGGGCAGGGGGUGUUCUCUCUGUGCCAUCGAGAGGGUCCUCCGGGCAUGCCUGCGGGCAACAGGGGCAGAGGAGGAGGACAAGGUGGUUGGGAUCCGUCUGGAGGCGAAAUGACCUUCUCUAUUCCUGCUCACAAGUGUGGGCUCGUAAUUGGCCGAGGAGGAGAGAACGUUAAGUCCAUCAACCAGCUGACGGGGGCCUUUGUGGAAAUCUGUCAACAGCCGCCCCCCAGCAGAGACCCAAACUUCAAGCUGUUUAUCAUCCGGGGCUCGCCGCAGCAGAUCGACCACGCCAAGCAGCUCAUUGAAGAGAAGAUUGAGGGUCCUCUGUGUCCUGUGGGCCCGGGGCCAAGUGGUCCAGGUCCUGUUGGUCCAUUGGAUCCCUAUAACCCCAACCCAUAUAACCCAGGACCGCCUGGGGCCCCGGGACCACCUCAUGGUGGUCCUCCGGGGCCUCACCAAUACACUUCACAAGGCUGGAGCAACACCUACCAGCAGUGGCAGCCCCAGGCACCCCAUGACCCCAGCAAGGCAGCAGCCAGUGACCCCAGUGCAGCCUGGGCAGCCUACUACGCUCAGUACUACCAACAGCCGCCGGGCUCUGUGCCAGCCCAGUACCCCGCAAACCCAGCUGGAGGUGCCCAAACAUCAGGGGACCAGACUCAGCCUGCACAGACGGCGGGAGGCCAGCCAGACUACAGCAAGGCCUGGGAGGAGUACUACAAGAGGAUAGCACCGGGUGCUGAUGGGAGUGCAGCAUCCACAGCUGGAGGCCAGCCGGACUACAGCGCAGCCUGGGCGGAGUACUACAGGCAGCAGGCAGUGUACUACGGACAGACAGGACAGGCCCCCGGCCAAUCAGCCACUCCCCAGCAAGGACAGAUGCAGUGAGAGUUCACGGCAGAAGGUCUGAUGCUCAACAGGAUGAAGAGGACAACCCUGAACUUUAGGCUAGGAUCACUGUUAAGUUUAAUUUUUUAAAAAUCUUUUAUUAUAAGUAGAACUGUAACCUUUCCUCAAAUGCCAACACAUCUAUCUAAUUUUUUGUUUACUGUCCUCUUAAGACUUUGAAGUCUCAUUUUAACGCACUUUCACAUCUCAGUGUAAUAUUUACUGAAUUGCACAGCACUAUUAGAACAAUAAUAUUGUGUAUCUGGUACAGAUAAUAUAUCAGACAUAUUUUUAAAGCUUACUUAAUUCGCUCACCAUGUUUAUUUCCCUCUGGUGAGGCUUGCAUUGUGUAAAAUAGUUUUAUUUUGCUUAUGAAUGUGUACAAUAUUUUGUGUGAGUGUGGCAGUUUGACAAUGUACAUAUGGAACAGGAUGCGUUGACUAACACUUGUUUAAAGCUGGUAGAGAUAGAUAGAUAAAAAAAAACAAAGAGCAGGGCCACUCUUCAGCUGCAGAACAGCUUCAGUCAGCUGCCUACUGUGACAGUCAUAGCAGACCAAGCCAAGCCGCGAGCGGUUUGAGGGAGGAAAUGUGGAAAUGUUUUUACACCCAGAUUAUUAUAACAUUUUAACUGGGGAGACCGUGAUAAAGCCUAAUAACUGUCAUUGCCUCCCCAUAAACUGCUUAAAUUAUGCACCUUAAAAAAAGGCUGUGCAUCUUUGUUUUGGCCUUGGACACAAGUGGCUAAUGUCAUUCAGUUUAUGUUGCCAUGUAACUUUUCUCCUUACCUCACUUUGUUUUUAUUACAUGCCCAUCUGUGAUUUUGCUUCUUCAAAUGUUCUUUCUGGAGACAGAAGCUAACAGCUUUAAUUUAGGGUCAAGAAAAAAAUACACUGGCUUUGAAGGACAAGAUGCAAAGAAAAAGAUGCUCUUCAGUUUUGGCUGGCUUACUGUCAACAACCAUAGUUAUUUCAUGUUGCUCUGAAGACAUUUUACACAUAAUAAUAGCAGCUGCUUAUCUGUCUUGGUCAUGUAGUGACUUUAAAGUGUCUUUUUCACAUGGAGGCUCUGCCAUCAACUAGUUUACACAGCUGCAGGUUCUACAUGGGCAACAUGUCACACAAGGUUUACCAUGCAUUUGAACCAUGCUGUGGUUUCAUCCCAAAUUUCAGUGCUAUUGCCUUUCUGCUUUGGUUUUUAAAGAGGCAAACAAAAUUCUUUGCCUUCCCACUGUCAUUGUUUGUGCACAAAAGAAUGAAAUUUAGUCUUCCAACGUGUCCCACUUUAGCUUGGUUUUGAAUUACAGGGAUGUGUCUGGUAUGAAUCUCUGUAUUCUGGACGGCAACUGUGAGUUGAUAUUGUGAAUAAAUGACUACCAGCAGCAAACCUCUGAAUUAA